CGUCACAGAUUGGAAUCUGAUCGUCCAGUCAAGCACUGCUCGGGUGUUCAGGACGUCCAAUGAGCGACAGGGCAACAUUCCUCGGCGAAGUUGCGCGAGCUUCCGUCCUGCGCUCGAGCUGGUAUUAAACCGCUUCCCUCCAGAAGUGCACGACUAAACUGAUGGUUUUCCAUUUUGUACCGUUACGUCAGGAUUUUUUCCCCCCCUCAAUCUUAGUGAUUUUCAGUCAAUUUUAAUGUGAUCAGCUUGCGGGCUGAAUAGAAUUUCGAGUAAGCAAGUGUUUAACCAGCGCUUUUAAGUCGAGUCGCGAGAUUUCCGCUGCUACUCUAUGUCUUUAACGUGGAAAUAACCGAACUGUUCUCCACUGAAGUUGUCGGCGGGCUGUCAUCCAAAUACACCAAAACAAAUCAAAUUUAUUUAACGUUUUUGCUCAGUUCCCCCCCGCCUCGAAUCAUUAGUGUCCCUGUACCCCCUAGCGGCUGCAAAGCGAAAAUGUCAUAUGGAGAAACAGAGAGAGAAGACAGAAGGUCAAGGAGAGGGCAGCAAGAUAUUAAUUUCCGCCUAAAAGAGAUUGCAGCCAUGUUGCCCAUCCCUAAUUACCUCAAAGGCCACACACUCACCAAGCAAGAGACACUGACCUGCCUGCUGUGUUACCUGAAAUUCCUGGAUAAACACAUCCAAGAGCUGGAGAACAGCCUCCCUGCCGACUGCAUUCCGAGGAUUGGCGGCACACAGGAGGGAGGCACAGGAGAUUGCAUGCAGCAGGAUCUCGGCUCGCUGGUGGAGAGUGACCUCUCUUCUGUGUCGGAGGGCCCAGCAGGCAGUGAAGACGGCAGCCCUGGCUGCAGUGUCCUCGACUCGCCUGGAAUGCAGUCUGUAUUGUUGGAAGAUUUUAUGCUGGGAUCACUCAUCUCAGCAGAUGAGGGAGUUGAAACUCUUGCUCUGGACUCUCUGGACAGAUGGGGCUCCCAGCUGUCCCCAGUGCCCCACUCCAAGCCUGAGGCGAGCCUCAACCUGAGCCCUUCUUUCUUUGCCUCCCCCAGCCGAGACAUCACCCAAAAACUGUUCCCGGAAACACAGGCGGAACAGGAGCUGCAAGGUCUCUUUGAAGAUGUCUGGCUCUGCCAAAAACCUGAGGCCCCAGACAAUGCAGCUGGGCCCGGACACCUACCAGGUGACUCAUCGAUAGAGCCCAGCAAGGUUCCUUCUGAGGAGGAAGAAUGUGGAAGCAGUGACACUGUUACACACAUACAAUCCCCUGUAACACUGGUGGACCAGGGGAGAGGCGAACCAUCAUCUGAGAGUGAGGACGGAAGUUUCAACUGUACACCCACCCAUCGUGGACCCCAAAGAAGAAGAAGGCAUUCAAACAGAAAGAAAAGGUUCAGCACUAGGGGACGCCCUCGCUCACAACCCAGCCCAAAAAAGAAGUGCAUCAAUGGCUUCAUCAUGUUCUGCCAGAUCAACAGGAAGCUUUACCAUCGUUCUUACCCUGGCACCCCAUCCUCCACUGUCACCAAAGAGCUGGCUAGUCUGUGGCGCCUCAUGUCCAAAAGGGAGCAACAGGUUUACUGCAAGAAAGCUUGGCAUUUCAGCCGCCAACAGAACCGCAACGUGAGGACGGAGUAUGAAGCUUAGGAUGUGGACGAAGAGCCC